CGAGCAUAUGACAACAUGCGCUCUCUUCCCCCAGAGCCCAGAUCUCUAAGCACCUCCAGCCCGUAUACAUACAUUCUUACACUGCAGACAUCAUGGCUACCCGGCGUGGCGUCGGAAUAGGCGCUUUUGCCAAUCGUAAUCAAACCACACAAUCAUACGCUAACCACGGCGCGACUCUCCGCUCGGCGCACCUGGCUUCCCUCCAGACCCAGCUCUCCGUCUUCCAAUCCCUACUCCAUACGUUCGCGGUCGAACAUGGCUCGAAGAUCAAAUCCAAUCCGACAUUCCGAGCCGAGUUCGCCCGCAUGUGCAACGCCAUCGGUGUCGACCCCCUCGCCGGCAGCAAUGUCAAGGGCAAAAACUCCCGUAAAGGCGCCGGCGAGAAUGCAAGCUUUUGGACGCAGAUCAUGGGUGGGGACAUGAAUGACUUUUACUUUGAAGUGGCAGUGCGGGUCGUGGAGCUUUGCCGCGAGACGCGGAGUGAGAAUGGGGGCUUGAUUGGAGUGGAAGAAUGCCGCAAGCGAGUCGGUAAGGGCAAGGCCAUUGGAAGUGGCUUGGAGGUUACCGAUGACGAUGUGCUUCGAGCGGUGCAGUCGCUCGGGCCGCUAGGUCCGGGCCUCGCCAUCAUUCGAGUCGGGAGGAAACAAUAUAUCCGUUCUGUCCCCAAGGAGCUUAACACGGACCAGUCGACUGUAUUAGAGGUAAUUCAGGUCUUGGGAUACGUAAGCGUCUCCAUGUUGCGGGCCAACUUGAACUGGGAGAAGGCGCGAGCGCAGACGGUUGUCGAUGACCUACUCGCGGACGGCCUUGUUUGGCUGGAUGCUCAAGGAGAGGAGAAUGAGUACUGGUCGCCUCAGAACCUGUUGGAUGAUAGUGGUUGA